AUGCGCCUCAUCAACACCGAAACCCUCACCCUCGUCGAAUUCCUCGAAACCGACGUCCCCAAAUACGCCAUCCUCUCACACACAUGGGAAGACCAAGAAGUCACCUUCCAAGACUUCCCCCACGACGCCAUCCGCUCCCGCAAACGCGGCUUCACCAAGCUCCAGAAGCUCUGCGAGCUCGCCAGGCAGGACGGCCUGCAGUACGCCUGGGCCGACACCUGCUGCAUCGACAAGACCAGCAGCUCCGAGCUGACAGAGGCCAUCAACUCCAUGUUCCGGUUCUACCUCCACGCGGACGUGUGCUAUGCCUGGCUCAUGGAUCUCCCGCCGGACAAUCGCCAUGUUCAUUAUCAGUUGCCCAAGUGUCGGUGGUUCACACGGGGCUGGACGCUGCAAGAACUCAUCGCACCGCGGGUCCUCAAGUUUUAUGAUCAGACGUGGGCGUUUCGAGGCACGAAGAGUACUCUUAGACAACUUAUUACGCAGAUUACGAAUAUCAGCACUGCUGUUCUCAAGGAUCCUGCAAGACUAAGCCAGCUCCCUGUCGCACAGAAGAUGGCCUGGGCGGCAAGUCGACAGACGACGCGCAUCGAGGACAUGGCGUAUAGCCUGCUGGGCAUCUUCGAUGUGAACAUGCCAAUGAUCUACGGCGAAGGGUCACGAGCAUUCUUGCGUCUACAGGAAGAAAUUGCAAAGGAGAAGAACGACCCUAGCCUAUUUGCGUGGAGGACAGCAUCAUCUCCAUCGCCAUCAUUAUCAUCAUCGUCAUCGUCGUUGUCGUUGUCAGGGGAUCAGAAGCAAACACAUCACGGCAUGUUCGCCUCCACGCCCGCAGACUUCGUCAACUCAGGAUCCAUUCAUCUCAUCAACGACCCCAUGUUCAGCACCGAAUUCCUCAUCACCAACAAGGGCCUCCGCAUAGAC